UACCCUCCCCCAUCCGCUCAUCCCUCCUUUCUUUCACCUCAUCUCCAUCCCCCUCUCUCUCAACUCCUCCUCCUCCUUCUCCUUCACUACCGCUAUUUCCAACAGCUGAUUUCCAGAUCUGACAGAGAAACACGUUCGCAGACGGGCCGGAUUUGACAUCGGCAGCAUCGGCAGAUUAAAGCGGGUGAAAAUGCAGAGAAAACGCUGCGGACCGCCAAUAUCCGCGAUGCAGAUUUGAGCUCCGUCGCCGCUGCCAUCAGCUCCGAGAGGAUGGCUUUCCAUGGGUCCACUCGGCCAACAGUAUGUGGUAAUUUGUUCCCUGGAUCAGAUUUAGGCCAUAAAUAUUUUUGCGUGAGCACCACGGCCGGCACUACCUCAACAGGGCUCGGAGCAACGCCAAAUCCGACCGGACCCAUCACACCCGCUGGGACUCCCAGGCACCCGGCAUCUCUUGGAGGCAGCGCAGGUGGAGGGGCGGCCAUCCCGCAACCUCACAGUAACCCAGCAAGUGAAGUUCCAAGUCCAGCAGAAAUGGAGCCUGAUCGACCUAUCGGUUACGGUGCAUUUGGUGUGGUCUGGGCUGUGACGGACCCUCGAGAUGGACGCAAGGUGGCCUUGAAGAAAAUGCCGAAUGUCUUCCAGAACCUGGUCUCCUGCAAGCGUGUGUUCAGGGAACUCCGGAUGCUGUGUUUCUUCAAACAUGACAACGUGCUGUCUGCCCUUGACAUUCUCCAGCCUCCACAAAUCGACUGCUUUGAAGAGAUAUAUGUUAUCACUGAGCUCAUGCAGAGUGACCUGCAUAAAGUCAUCGUUUCUCCACAGCCUCUCACCACAGAUCACAUCAAAGUGUUCCUCUACCAGAUACUCAGGGGCCUGAAGUACCUGCACUCAGCAGGCAUUCUGCACAGAGACAUCAAACCAGGGAACCUUCUGGUCAACAGUAACUGUCUGCUUAAGAUUUGUGACUUCGGUCUGGCAAGAGUGGAGGAACCAGACCCUUCUCGUCACAUGACCCAGGAGGUGGUGACGCAGUAUUACCGCGCUCCGGAGGUCCUGAUGGGAUGUCAGCAUUACACAUCAUCUAUAGACGUUUGGUCUGUAGGCUGCAUCUUUGCAGAGCUGUUGGGUCGUCGCAUUCUUUUCCAGGCUCAGAGCCCCAUACAACAGUUGGACCUGAUCACUGAUCUACUCGGAACUCCUCCUCUCUCCGCCAUGUCAUCUGCGUGUGAAGGAGCCCGAGCGCAUAUUUUAAGAGGACCUCACAAACCACCAUCACUGUCUGUUCUGUACAUGCUGUCUGAUGGAGCCACACACGAAGCUGUUCAUCUUUUGUGUCGCAUGCUUGUGUUUGAUCCGGCCAAGCGGAUCUCAGGCAGUGACGCUCUGUCUCACCCGUACCUAGAUGAAGGUCGUCUAAGGUACCACACCUGCAUGUGCAAGUGCUGUUAUUCGGUGCCCAGCGGUAGGGUGUACACCCGGGACUUUGAGCCGCCUGCCGAUCGCCCUUUUAGCCACAACUAUGAGCAGAGCAUGCACUCUGUCUGGCAGGGCAAAGAGCUCAUCCAUCGUUUUAUAACAGAGCACCAGCAAGGCAAACGAGUGCCUUUGUGCAUCAAUCCCCAGAGUGCUGCCUUCAAAACCUUCAUUAGAUCUACGGCCUGGCAUUCCUCUAAAGUAUCAAGGAAAGAAGAGAGAUGAGGUAGAUAAAAUGGGAUUCUAGGAAAUGUGGAACAGGCUCGUAUUGGAGAUGGUUGCAGAUGGUUUUCAGCGCUCCUGAACAUGGGAUUUGUCCAAAAAACAGAACUUUUUUCAGAUUCCAUUUUCACAGGACUGUUUAAUUAUGUUUCGGAUGCUGCUGGGAACAUUUUUAUACUGACAUUGGGAUAGAGAAUUAUGGGAAAGAACUUUUCACAACAAGAAAAAAAUCUCAUGGCUUGUAGAAUUUUGACUAAAUGCACCAACAUCGAUGUUGUGCAAUACAGAUAUCUGGAAUAAUGCAACUGACAAGACUUUUCUGACGAUGAUUUUCAUGCGCCGUAUCACAGAUGAGAUAAGACGACGUGGUCUGGAUGUCCAUUGCAUCGCCCUCAUGGCCAUCUGAAGUCUGCCAGUGCAUCUCCAAACAAUGUUUAUAGACAUGUAUCACUGUGUUCCUUUUGCAGGUUUUAGGUUUUAUUCUUAAUCUUCGGAUAACCAAAAGUUCCUAAGUCUUCUGAUUUUUUUUUCUUCGAUUUUAACAUUCCCAGCAUUCUGUUCAACAAAACUCAAAAUUUGUACUUAAAAAAAUUUUUAGUUUGGAGUUUUACUUGGUUUUAUUCUGAGGGUUUCUUUCUAACCUCUUCAUAUUUCUUGUAGAGAGCAUUGCAUCUCCUGCGCAAAUGUGUUUUAGAGAUGUAUUAGAAUGUUGUAUAUGGGUGAUUGUGUCCGGAAGAAGAUUCCACUCUUCUUCAGUGUACAUGAUUUUGACACGUAUCUGUGGAACAGAAGUUUGUGUAGUUUACAAAGAAUCUCCACCUGAACCAUCUUUCCAAAGGUUUCGUCCCACACUUAGGGCCAGACAAGAUUGACAGUACCCUGUUCUCUCAUCGGGUGAACAGAAAAGAUACCCAAGUCUUCUGGUUGGAUCUUAUUUAUUUUUUCUCUUUAAUUUAUUGUCUUGUCCAGCUUGUUGUGUUUGCUAGGCAGACCGGGGGUGCCUGUUUCUUGGAGACAUGAGCGAGACAUCUGGUCUGUGCGUAUUUUUGUGCGUGGAGAGUUUAGGGAACGUGCAGUGUUGUACUUUUGAAAUGUUUCAUUACCUCAAUAGGCCCUACAGGUUCAAUGGGCUGGUGUGUAUAGACUGAACCCAAUCAUUUUAUCAAAAAUGUACUGUAAUAGUUGAAUGACGUCAAGUGUAUCGCGCCACUCUGCGGAUCUACAGUCUCUCCCUACAUCGAAGUUCUGCAUCAGUCUACGUUUCUCCUUUUUAGAGUGAGGGAUUGGCAGGACAGUGGCUGAUCGAUGCGUUUUAGAUAGUCGUUGGGGAAAUGCUGCUUUUUGUUUUGUCUAAUACCUCCAAAACCUCCACGACUCAUUUGUAAAAGUAACGUCUAGAGCUCAGGUUUCAUAUUAUAUGAUAUGGACUAGACUGUAGACACAAAACUUAUAUCCAGGCAGAGUAAUUGUAUAUGGGCAAUUGCUGGUGCUCUUCGUGAAUAUAUUGUAGUAGGCUCAAUAUUCUCAAAUGCCCAGGACUGUAAACGCCUGUCUCCCACCACUAGGUGGCAACAAACGCAUAGGCUGAUUUCUGAUUAAUAAUGUCUCUGAACGCAUGUAUGUAAAAACUGUACUUGGGUUUGCAAUUGCAGUGCAUUAGGAGUUUUAUUUUAGAAACUUUAAAUGUGCUGUUGCUAUUUAAUUUUAUUAUAGGAACAUAUUUGGUUAUUUUAGGUUGUUGUUUUCAUGUAUUGCGACCAAUUUUAGGUUCUGUCUUUAAUUUUGUUGACAUUGUUUUAUGACCACUUUUGCUAUUGUGUUGGUAGAAAAUCUAGCUGAGUAGACACAGAGGAAUGAAUAUCGAUGGGUUGGUGUAGUCGUUUUUGUCUUACCGACUGCCAAGUAGAAAGUGAGCGAUUUAAGUAAAUGGUGAAUUCAUUUAGUUGUAAGAUAGAUGUUAGACGAUUUAAGAUGCUGAAAACUUGAUAUUCGUGUUGAUGACUAUUAUGGCUUUGAUAAUAUGAUUGAACAGUUGUUUUAAGAUGGUUAUUAUUUGUUAACUGUUUUAUUAGAUUUUUUUUCUUUGUCUUUGCAUUUUAGAAGAAAAAAGGUUUUUGGACUUUUGUGUUCCCAACAAAUACUUGAAGUUUUUAAGAAAAAAAAGAAAAGUUGAUUAGGGUAAAAAUGGAUAUUAAAGAGACAGACAC